AUGGGUGUGAAAUUAAGAGUGUCAUGGGAUUUCGGUUCCUUGAUGUGGUUUUUCUUCACGGCACUUUCUACCAUUUACAUAGAAUCAAUUGUUUUAGCCUCCGAAGUUACAAACUUUAGCAAUUUGGAGCACAAGAAUGUCAUUCAAAAGCAGGCAAGCAGGAAGCUAGACGAUAUAGGUGGGGCCAUAAAUAUUGAUUGUGGAAUACCAGAAGGUUACAGAUACAAUGAUGCCAACACUGGGAUAGAAUACAUUUCGGACGGAACAUUCAUUAACACAGGAGUGAAUAGGAACAUAUAUUCCAACUUCAGUUCUGACGUGCUGCCAAUGUCUUUUAUGAACGUUAGAAGUUUUCCUCAAGGUAGCAGAAACUGUUACACCUUGAGACCACCAGAAGGAAAAGACAGUAUCUACUUGAUCAGAGCCUCUUUCAUGUAUGGAAAUUAUGACAAUCAAGAGAUGUUGCCACAAUUCACUUUAUAUGUUGGAGUUAAUAUGUGGGAUUCGGUGAGGUUUGAUAAUGCAUCUCAUAUUGUGAUCAAGGAGAUUAUACAUGUCUCCUUAAUGGAUAACAUAUACGUCUGUCUUGUAAACACUGGUUCAGGUACUCCUUUUAUAUCAACUCUAGAGUUAAGGCAUUUCCAUAAUUCCUCUUACAGAACAGAUUCUGGAGCCUUAGUUCUAUAUCAGCGACUUGAUUUUGGGUCAACAAGCAAUCAGACUGUAAGGUACCAUGACGAUGCCAAUGAUCGUAUGUGGUUUCCUUAUAACUGCCCUAAUUGUGCAACAUUCGGUACUUCCUUCCUUGUUGAUUCCCUGAACAGAACUGCUUUCAAUUUACCUUCCAAGGUGAUGGGAACUGCUGCCCGGCCAAUGAAUGCUAAUGACGCACUAGACUUUGUAUUUGACAUUGGCGAUCCCACUUUGAAAUUCAACAUAUACAUGCACUUUGCAGAACUUGAGAUUCUCCCAGAAAAUCAAUAUAGAAAACUCAGCAUUUCAUUGAAUGGCAACCUGUUGAAAGAAGGUGUUGUUCUUAGCUAUCUACAAUCAAUGACUAUAGCAAGUCCACAGCCAGUGAGGGGAAGCAAACUUAGCUUUUCUCUGUCCAAGUCACAGAGCUGCCCCCUUCCUCCCAUGCUGAAUGCAAUUGAAAUAUAUAUAGUCCGAGAUUUCUUACAGGCACCAACAGACCAAGAAGAUGUUAAUGCUAUUGAGGGCAUCAAAUCAAGCUACGGAGUGCAAAAGGACUGGCAAGGAGAUCCAUGCUCGCCAAUGCACUACGCUUGGGAUGGCCUGACUUGCAGUUACAAUGGUUAUAGCCCCCCAAGAAUCAUCUCCUUGAAUCUGUCAUCUAGUGGAAUAGCAGGACAGAUAUCUCCUUCAUUUUCCCAUCUUAAACUAUUACGGGACCUGAAUUUAGAAGGAAACAAGCUCUCUGGUCCGGUUCCUGGUAUUCUAAUUCAAAGACAGAACAAAGAGCUGCUGUCAUUAAGAGUCGCUGGAAAUCCGGAGCUGUGUGUGUUGGUUGAUCAGUGCAAAGAAAAGAAGAAAAGUAUUGUUGCUCCAAUCGCUGUAACCAUUGUUCUAUUGGCGGUCAUUACGGGACUGGUUAGUCUGUGGAUAUACAGAAGGAGAAUAGCUUCUCAGCUGUUUGUCAAAUCCCAAAAACAAGAAGUGUCAUCCUUAAAGUCGGAUAACCGACAAUACACAUACUUUGAGAUUGUCAAUAUUACCAAUAACUUCCGUACAACUAUUGGGAAAGGAGGUUUUGGAACAGUUUACCAUGGCUACUUGACUGACGGUGUGCAAGUUGCUGUCAAAAUGAUCUCUCCAACAUCAGCUGAAGGGUCCAAUCAAUUUCGAGUUGAAGCGCAGCUCCUGAUGAGAGUUCAUCAUAAGAAUUUAGCUUCGUUUAUUGGUUAUUGCAAUGAAGGGACUAACAUAGGCAUCGUUUAUGAGUACAUGGCCUAUGGAAAUUUAGAGCAAUAUCUAUCAGAUAAAACAAAAGAGGUUUUGAGUUGGAAACAGAGGUUGCAGAUUGCAUUGGAUGUAGCACAAGGCCAGUAUGCAAUAAUAAGAAACCAUGAUGAGAACAUCCACCUUGUUCAGUGGAUUAGUCCUUUUCUUGGAAGUGGGGAUAUAAGAAAUGUUGUUGACCCAAGACUACAAGAAAAUCUGGAUACAAAUUCCCUUUGGAAAUUCAUGGAGAUAGCAAUGUCAUGUGUACCAUCAAUUUCCAUUCAAAGGCCAACCAUGAACAAUAUAGUGAUAGAAUUAAAAGAGUGUUUGGAAGCAGAAAUUGCCUGUGAACGGACUCGGGGAUCGGCAGAGGCCAAAAGAAUGAGAUUAAGCAAUUCGUCUGAUCAAAUGAUUUCUGUGGAUAUUGAAACAGAAAUCGGUCCUGAAGCAAGGUAG